AUGCGGUGCAGGAGGGGCCGACCGCAGGGCAAGGGCAGCGCGGGGCUGCGGGAGAGCUGCGGGGAGCGGAGCCGUGCCGGGGCGCUCCGCCCGGUGGGGGCGGGCUGGGGCCGCUGCGUGCGGCGGGAGGCCGUGCCGAGGGGGGGCACCGGGCGGCGGCCGAGCUCCACCGGCUGCGGCGUCACUGCGGGCCUGCACCGAACCGGCACCGAACCGGCACCGAACCGGCACCGCCACCGGCACCGGUGGUCUCUAGUGGCGGGGGGCGAGGACUGCCUGUGGUACGUGGACAAGAACGGCUCGUGGCAUCCCGGCUUCGACUGCGAGGCUCUGUCCUUCUGCUGCGGCUCCUGCCACCAGCGGUACUGCUGCUACGACCCCCUGCGCCUCCUGACCGAGCGCCAGCAGCGCCACUGCCUCGCCUUCAGCCCUAAGACCAUCGCGGGCAUCGCCUCGGCCGUGGUGCUGUUCAUCGCCAUCGUCACCACCAUCGUCUGCUGCUUCAUGUGCUCCUGCUGUUAUCUCUACCAGCGGCGGCAGCACCUCCGCACACCCCUGCAAGGCCCUGAGAUCCCGCUGGCCAGCUAUCCUGCACCCCCACCUGCUCCCUUCCCUGUGGACCCCAAAGCCGGCCCUGUGCCCCCCCAGCCCGGCUUCACCCCCAUGGCCAUGUACCCACCCAGCGGCCCCGCCGCCCAGUACCCGCUGUACCCCUCAGGACCCCCAGUCUACAACCCUACAGCACCACCACCCUACGUCCCCGCACAGCCCAGCUAUCCCGGUGCCUGAGCCCCCCUGGGGACCCCUCUCUCACUGGGGACACCCAUAGGGGACACAGCAGGGGGGGGGGGGAACUCGCUGUCCCCACCCCGGGGCCGCGAUUCUGCCCUGCGAUGCUCAUGGAAAUCUCUGCCCCCCGCCCCCCCCGGUCAUUGUGGGGACAAGCAGCACAGAGUGCCUUUUGUCCCCACUGCACACACUGGGCGCAUUGUGGGUGCUCAUGGGGGGGGAGGCCGUGCAUGAAGGUGGGGGCAGCGAAGCCGGGGGUCCCCCUGCCCUCCGGCACCGGGGGGGCACCGUGGUCCAAAUGGGCAGCAUUAAACUGCGUGUCCCCCCGGAUUGGUGUUGUGUCAAUGCCUCCACACCCUUUGGGGGGAGAGGAGAAGGCGGGAGGGGGGGAACAGAUUUCAAUGUGGUCGCGUUCCUCCUCCUCCUG